AGAAGGAGGAGAAGAAGAAGAAGAAGCAGUAUCAUCAUCAUCAUCAUCAUCUGUGUCUGUGGUAUAGCAUGACUUUGCAGUGAGCUGCCGCCUCUUCUACCCCGCCCCCCCGAGCAUGGACCUGUCCCAGCGGUUGCAGGUGUGGCAGCAGCUGGCAGCCAGCUGUGGGCUGAGCACGGUGCAGCAGGGCGUCCAGCAGCUGUGGAGGCUGCUGCUGCUCUGCCUCGUCUGCAGACUCUUCUUCAGACUGGGAGGCGUGUCCACUGUGAAGCAUGUGGUGUCCGUGCUGGCCGGGAUGUGCGCCCUCUUCCUGUUCUUUGAGCAGCACAUGCUGUGGGUGCUGCUGCUCAGUGCGCUGUGUUACCUGGCUCUGCUCCUCAGCCCACGCUCCGGCAGCAGGGGCCUCUUCCUCUCGGCUCUCAUCCUCGCCUACCUGCUGGUUGGAGAGUUGCAUUUAAUUGACAUGGUGACCUGGCAUAAAAUAAGAGGCUCUCAGAUGGUGGUGGCCAUGAAGGCCAUCUCUCUAGCCUUUGACCUGGACAGAGGCGCGGUGGGCAGCCUGCCCUCCCCAGCUGAGUUCCUGGGCUAUGUUCUCUUUGUGGGCACAGUUGUCUUCGGUCCUUGGAUCAGCUUCUCCACUUAUAAGAACGCCGUUGAGGGCAAAAAGCUGAGCUGGGCGUGGCUGCGCGGCUCCUCCCUCAGCCUCCUGAAGAGCCAGAUCUGUCUGGUGGUCUCCACCUGCGUGGCCCCGUACCUCUUCCCUUUGGUAAUCCCCAUCCACGGAAACACAGUCCCACAGAAGUGGCUGCGUGCGUAUGAGAAUGCGGUGUCCUUCCACUUCAGUAACUACUUUGUGGGUCACCUGAGCGAAGGCACCAGCAUGCUGGCUGGAGCCGGCUUCACGGAAGAAAAGGACCACGUCAAGUGGGAUAUGAGUGUGGUGAAGCCUCUCAGUGUGGAAAUGCCUCGCUCCAUGGUGCUGGUGGUGACGUCCUGGAACGUCCCCAUGUCCCGAUGGCUGAAAACCUAUGCCUUUAAAAACGCCAUGAAACUGGGGACUUUUCCAGCCAUCCUGGUGACGUACACAGCCAGCGCCCUACUGCAUGGUCUGAGCUUUCACCUGGGAGCUGUUCUGCUGUCUUUGGGCUUCAUCACAUAUGUUGAACAUGUUCUGAGAAAGAAGCUGGCCUGUGUGUUGAGUGCGUGUGUCCUGUCCAGGCCCUGCCCCCCCGACUGCAGCCACCAGCACAAGAAGGAGUAUUGGGUGAUGUUGCUGAACCUGGUUUUCAGCCUCCUGGCCAUCUUCCACCUCACCUACCUGGGCUCCAUGUUUGAUCCCGGACUGGAUGAACAGGAAGUGGAAGAGGGUUACACCGCCAUCCACACCAUCCGGAGGUGGUCCGAGCUGAACUGGGCCGGCCACUGGGUGGUGUUGGCCUGCUGGCUCUUCUACCGCCUGAUUCAGUGACGUCGCCGGAGCCGUCGGGGAAAGGCUGGCCGACACCACAGGCUUCCCGACGCCAUGUCAGGAUGUUAUCGGAUGGGGGACCAAGGACCAGGACGUGCUCCAGCUGGAGGACUGCGUCUGUGCUGGGGGGGGGGGGUUGGGGUUAAUGUGUUAAGAAGAGAUGGAUGGUUGUAGAGUGAGAACGAAGAUAUCAUUGGUUGUAGACUUAGUCCCAGGCCAUCUUGGAAUGAACUUUGAUGAUUUUGAUUGCGUUGACCAUGGGAGUCUCUUGAGAAGAUCUGCUAGACCCAGCACAGGCUGUCUGUCACAGGCCAGCCUAGAGCGGGAUCUAUACUUCUGCGUAAAAUCUACGCUGUUGCUACGUACAUAGGUACGUGGAGACACAAACCUACGCCGUAGCCUGACGUGCACCUCUCGAAAAAUGUAACUACAUGUUAGGGCUGGGUACCCAAU